CGCCCGCGCCCGGCGGCCCCCGAGAGUGGGGCCGCGCCGGCCGGCCCAGACACCUGUUCGGCCCGGCCCAGCCCGGUGUGGUCGCCGGGGGCCAGGAUGAAAGUGACCGUGUGCUUCGGCAGGACCGGAAUCGUGGUGCCCUGCAAGGAGGGCCAGCUGCACGUCCGGGAGCUCACGCAGCAGGCGCUGCAGCGGUACCUGAAGACCCGGGAGAAGGAUCCUGGUUACUGGGUGAAGAUUCAUCACUUAGAAUACACAGAUGGAGGAAUCCUGGAUCCAGAUGAUGUCUUGGCAGAUGUCGUUGAAGACAAAGAUAAGCUGAUUGCUGUGUUUGACGAACAAGAACCACUCCACAAGAUCGAGAGCCCCAGUGGAAACCCCGCAGGCCGGCAGAGCCCAGAUGCUUUUGAGACGGAAGUGGCUGCCCAACUGGCUGCGUUUAAACCAGUUGGUGGGGAAAUUGAAGUAACCCCUUCUGCUCUGAAAUUAGGCACUCCCCUGCUGGUGAGGAGAAGCAGCGACCCAGCGCCAAGCCCACCUGCUGAUGCCAGGCCAAGCGCUUCACACCCCAGUGGCCAGAGUCUGAAACCUGUUAUUCCAAAUUCCACACAGGACUUAGAAGAUGAAGUUAUGAAUGGUGUGCAGACAGAACUCUUGACAUCGCUGAAAACAAUGGAUGCAUUGAGUAAUAUGACAAGAACAGUGGAGAUUUCUGGGGAAGGAGGCCCCUUGGGAAUACAUGUAGUACCUUUCUUUUCAUCUCUGAGUGGAAGGAUUCUAGGGCUCUUCAUCCGUGGCAUUGAGGAAAACAGCAGGUCUAAGCGGGAAGGACUGUUUCACGAAAACGAAUGUAUUGUAAAAAUCAACAGCGUGGACCUCGUAGACAAAACCUUUGCUCAGGCUCAGGACGUCUUCCGUCAGGCAAUGAAAUCUCCAAGUGUGCUGCUUCAUGUGCUUCCACCUCAAAACCGCGAACAGUAUGAAAAAUCCGUCACUGGACCUCUUAACAUUUUUGGUAACAAUGAUGGCGUUUUGAGAACAAAGGUGCCACCUCCUGUCCAUGGAAAAUCAGGAAUAAAGACAGUAAAUCUCACAGGAACAAGCAGUCCUGAGGAAGAUGCAUCAACUUCCCUGCAGCAAGGCAAGAGCCCCCGAGUACCAAGACUAGGUAGAAAGCCAUCCUCUCCCUCACUCUCCCCGCUCAUGGGGUUUGGCAGCAAGAAAAAUGCAAAGAAAAUUAAGAUUGACCUAAAGAAAGGACCUGAAGGACUUGGUUUCACUGUGGUUACCAGAGAUUCUUCCAUACAUGGUCCUGGUCCCAUUUUUGUAAAAAACAUUUUACCAAAGGGAGCAGCAAUAAAAGAUGGCCGCCUACAAUCAGGGGACAGAAUUUUGGAGGUAAAUGGCAGAGAUGUCACUGGACGAACUCAGGAAGAGCUCGUGGCCAUGCUGAGGAGCACCAAGCAGGGAGAGACGGCAUCACUGGUCAUCGCCCGCCAGGAAGGAACUUUUCUUCCCCGAGAGCUGAAAGGAGAACCUGACUGCUACGCACUCUCCCUGGAAACAACUGAGCAACUCACCUUCGAGAUCCCCCUGAAUGAUUCUGGUUCUGCUGGUCUUGGGGUGAGCUUGAAGGGGAACAAAUCUCGAGAAACUGGAACAGACUUGGGGAUUUUUAUCAAAUCCAUCAUCCACGGAGGUGCUGCUUUUAAGGAUGGUCGUCUGCAGGUGAAUGACCAGCUGAUUGCAGUUAAUGGGGAAUCUCUUCUGGGAAAGUCCAACCACGAAGCUAUGGAAACACUUAGGCGAUCAAUGUCCAUGGAAGGAAACAUACGAGGGAUGAUCCAGUUGGUGAUUCUGAGGAGGCCAGGGAGACCACUGGAGGAACCUGCAGAGUGUGGGGCGUUUUCUAAGCCAUGCUUUGAGAACUGUCAGAAUGCUCUAACCACCUCCAGGAGGAAUGAUAAUAGUACAUUGCAUCCAUUUGGCACUUACAGUCCACAAAACAAACAGAAAGAGCUGUUGCUUCCCAAUGACGGAUGGGCUGAGAGCGGAGGACCUCCUCCUCCACCACAUCCCGUUCUGGAAUUGGGCCUUGAAGAUUACAGCCACAGCUCUGGGGUGGAUUCAGCAGUAUUUUUUCCGGAUCAGCGCCUCAACUUUAGAUCUGUGACACCAGCCAGGCAGCCUGAAUCAAUGAAUCUGAAAGCCUCAAAGAGCAUGGACCUUGUGCCAGAUGAAAGCAAAGUCCAUUCAUUGGCUGGACACAAAUCGGACUCUCCAAGCAAAGAUUUCGGUCCAACUCUGGGUUUGAAAAAGUCCAGCUCCUUGGAGAGCCUGCAGACUGCAGUUGCCGAGGUCAGGAAGAACGAACUUCCCUUCCACCGGCCCCGGCCACACGUGGUCCGUGGCCGAGGCUGCAACGAGAGCUUCCGAGCAGCCAUUGACAAAUCUUACGAUGGACCCGAAGAAUUAGAAGCUGAUGGUCUGUCUGAUAAGAGCUCUCACUCUGGCCAAGGAGCUCUGAAUUAUGAAUCUGCCCCUCAGGGGAACUCUGAGCUAGAGAAUGCAGAAAAUAAAGCCAGGAAAGUCAAAAAACCGAAAGAAAAGGAGAAGAAGAAGGAAAAGGGCAAAUUCAAAGUCAAGGUGAAAAAGCAGAAAGAGGGAAAUGAAGAUCCAGAAAGGAAAAUAAAGAGGAAGGGAUUUGGUGCCAUGCUGAGAUUUGGAAAGAAGAAAGAUGAUAAGGGUGGAAAGGCUGAGCAGAAAGGUCCUCUGAAGCAUGGUGGCCUGAGAGAAGAGGAGCUGGAAAAAAUGAAAGAAGAACGUGAGAGGAUUGGGGCAAAACAUCAGGAGCUAAGGGAAAAGCAAGCAAGAGGUCUUAUUGAUUAUGCCGCUGGUGCAAUUGGAUCCCUGCAUGAUAUGGACGAUGAUGAAAUGGACCCCAACUAUGCCAGAGUAAACCACUUCCGGGAACCAUGUGCAUCAGCAAAUGUCUAUAGGUCUCCAUCUCCCCCUCGGGCUGGACCACUGGGGUACCCUCGGGAUGGCCGUCCACUGUCUCCAGAGAGAGACCACUUAGAGGGUCUCUAUGCCAAGGUCAACAAGCCAUACCAGCCACCAGUGCCAGCUGACAGUGGCAGUUCCAUUAGCGGAAGCACUGACCGCAUCCAGAAGUUGCGGAAGGAGUAUUACCAGGCUCGGAGGGAAGCUUUCGCUUUAUGUGAGGACAGUGAAGGAAGAGCAAGACCUGACUAUGACCUUCACUGGGUGUCUGGAAAGGGUCCAGAUGGGAAUGCACACAACCUCCGCUUUGAGGGGAUGGAGAGACAGUACGCCUCCUUACCCAGGGGAGGACCAGUGGAUCCUGUAGACUAUCUGACAGCAGCACCUCGAGGGCUCUACAAGGAAAGGGAGCUUCCAUAUUACCCAGGGGCUCAUCCUGUGCAUCCGCCCAAAGGGAGCUACCCCCGCCCCCCAGAUCUGAGGAUCACAGAUCUCCGAAGUCAGGGCAAGACCAAGGCCGAGGUCUCCAGUUGGGAAAAGAAGGUCUUAUGGCUUCGAAAAGCUGAAAGCCCACCCUCCGGAAUCCAUGGCAAUUUUUUUAGAGCUUUGCAGCUAUAUUCUACUUAUUUCAACACAGAACCUCUAAAACCUACAACCUAACCCAAAUAAGAACAUAAGAGAAAACUGAGAAACAGCAAAGCCUGGGAGCAGCAACUCGAAUUGUUCAGUGACUCCUGCAGUACUUUAAACCUUUUUACAUUCCUUCUUCAUUCCCUCCCACAAAAAGUCUCGAGUUCAAUUUAGACAUAUUUUGGCCAAGAUUAGGAUACCUCUGACUGCUAGGAUUUAAUAAAUUAUAGUAUUAUUGAAUAUAUAGAUUAUCUAUCCAGCCCAGUUUAGUCUUUUAAUUUAAAAUAGAGUUCUGUUACCAAGAAUGAUGCAACUGGUGGGUUUAGACUUAACUAGUGUUAUUUACUGAACUUUAAGAGGUAUCAUUUUCUAAACUACCAUUUACUCAUGGCCCUCUUGAAAAUAGACUGUCCAGUUGUUUGUGGCCCUCUAUCAUCUGUCUUAUGCCAGGCACCUUUAGAUCGUUCGCAAUUUGUGCAGAGGUUGAAGAUUGGGCCCUGCUCACCUAGAGCUGGAGUGCAGGUGAGCUGUAGGGUUUCCCAGCCAACAUGCUGCAAGCUGCCUUCCCCUCAAGCUACAUAAACCUUCAAGAAGACAAUGAUAAGAUGAGGGAAGUGUGAUGUAUUUUGAAGCAUUAAAAAUCAGCUCUUUAGGAUGUUCCAUAAUUUAACCAAAUUCCUGUAGACUAGUGGACAUAGCCAAGCCAGAAGCUUCCUCCUGGAUUAAGGCCAAGGUCCCACAAGGGGCAGUGGUAUAAGGUGAGACGCUCUGUGUGUGCUGGAGGAGUGACCCUUGUAGGAAGAAUGCCUAUAUUUUCACCACGUUGCCACCUUGCGAGCAUAUCUCCUGCACUCAGACUCGGGGAAAGCUGCUGCAAGCAUGGUUUUGUGUUGUACACACAGGUAAUAAAACAGUUGCUAAUCCUGAGGGGCAGCUAAGGAUGUGAAGGUACUAUGAAAACAGAUGAAAAAAAGAUUAUAGCAGUUUUCUUUUCUUGCUUGAGGUAGAACACACGCCCCAUUAGACCCUACCCAAAAGGAGCUAGCAUUACGUGUGCGACAGUCUUCAUCAAGCCAACUGACAAGUAAGAACAGCUUGAAUGUAAGCUUUAUAAAUGCCUGUGACCCAGCCCUCCAACUGUCACCACCCAGAGGUUAUGGAACUCUUUCCCAGUAUUUAGGAGAACAGGUUGUUUAGAGCAUUUAGAAGACCAGGCUAUAAUCAGUAGGUGCCCGGUAGCAGGAAAUAGUUCCUGGGUUAUUUAUGGCCUUGGAAAAACUCAAUCAGGUGUCUCCUUGUAGCUCGGAAUGCUAAUAGACGCCCCCCAGGAAAAGGUGGCACAGCGAGCUUGGCGAGCUACAAACCCAUCAACGUACACCCACCCGGCUCCUCGCCUGACCACUGGGUCAUCCAGGCCUUGAAACGAUGUACUGGCCUCAAGUAACUAGUUAUUUUAAGGAGCUCUGUUUGUGUCCCUUUUUGCAGGCAUAGAGAGAGAAAAGGGAGCAGACCACCGAAAAAUUUUAGAUGCAGGCAAAUUCAGUCCUCUACAAGGGAGCGAAACACAACAUCUCACUAACCCAUUGUGUCACUGGUCUGUGGCAGUAUCACUCUUGGUAUAAUAUUGCUUCCCUAUGGUAUCACACCACUGGAUGAAAGGCAAGCUCAAAGUCAGGAGUAUUUUCUUAAAUCAUGAUUGACAACAAAACGGGGGGAAAAAAUUACUGUGAAGCUCCUUAUUCUUAGAUUUUUAGAUCUAUAUGCGUUAACCUCAUAGUACAGCACAGAGCAGAGAUCUUAUAAUCAAGAGCACGUGCAGAGCCACAGACCCACCAUCACCCUGAGGAGGAAGCUCUGUGCACACCAACCGAGAGAGGAGAUGUGAGACUUCACUGGAGCUUUGUUUUUGCCACCAGUAACAAAAUUAAAACAUGAUUCAUUAUUCCUUCCAAAGAUGUAGGAACUUCUCGAGUGAAAUCUAUCUCCUGAAGGAAAUCCACCUGACAACUUUUGGAGUUGCCAUGCAUAGGGCUGGUAUACACAGUGAUCAAGACUUCAAAGAGUGUUCAUUCCCUAACCUGUAUCCACAGCGUUCAUUUUCUUUGGAGGAACAUCUUAGCAUUUCAGAGGGAUACAGAGAUCUGGAGAGUUUGGUGUGGACAGCAGUAUGUGUCUCUAAAAUUUUCAUUGGCAUUAAACUCUGAAAUCCACAAUGAAUGGCCUUCAAAUUGGUGCUAAACUGGGUAGACACCCUACUGCUUCGAGUCCAGGAGCAACAGAAAGUCCAGAUUUAGCGCAAUUAGGCAGGAGGGAGUUGGAGUCAGAAACAGCCCGCGACAGUAUUUCUCUGCACUCCCGGUUCACGCCGACUUAAGUGGAAAUGAUGCCACAAUGAGACCAGAAAAAGGAGUCUCCAUAAGAUAUCGCUACAAAGUCACCUUUCUGAUAAAAAGGAAAAUGAAAGUUAGAUAUCUAAAAUAAGCCUAGAAUCUCAUAUGAAGCUACAACUUCUAAGGGAAACUCUCCCCCACGUCCUUAAAUCGUAAUAGAAUCCCACACAGCCUGACUUUUAAAGGUGGGCUUCACUAUCAACCCAGAGUGGAGCGCGAACUAACCCCCACGACUGUCUCCUGACUCAGCUCUUUCAGACAGUGUUAUGUUCCAUCCACGCUGACUGCAGUGCUAUUUACUACUGGAACAUAAAAACAAAACCUGCUGUUUAUACAGUCACUUUUUCUAGGGUUUUCCUGUGCUUAUAUGAUACCAAGUCUGUUCAUAAGUUCUGAAGAUAAAUUAUGUGAAAUCAUAUUUUGGCGUAGGGGGUGGAGAAUGAAUUCUUUACAGACUUUUUAGGAUGAUCCCAUUUUUACCACAGAAAGAUUUUGGAUAUUGUUAUAUAUGAAUAUAUAAAUUUUUCUUGUUUAUUUUGCAUCAAAAUAAAGCUUUAUU